CAUAAAUCCCAGCAAACAUGGCUCUCUUAAUCUUUCUUUUACAUUUUAGAUAAAUUUCUUGCUUCUCCCAGUGCUUCUCCUGUAAAUACAUAAAGUAAUGAUCAUAUAUUAGUACUAAAGUCACAUCACAAACAUGGAGAAGAAGAAACCUACUCCCAAGAUCCAGAAUGAAGACCGACAGAAUUUUGUGGCUACCCGAAUGAGCCUUCCACUCUUUAUGGUUUCUCGUAACCGCAUUAGAAAAGAUAACUUGGCUAGUGUGGGUAAGCAGUUUAAGCUCGCCGGCCAGCAUUACAAUGUAGACUGUCGCAAGGAGAAUCACCUUGAGGCGGCCAGCAAUGCCACAUUUGAUCGCUACCGUCACAUCACGGGCUAUGACAAGCGGCCAGAGAAUCCGUAUCCGGAGAGGCGUCCCCUACGUGCCGAUCGUAGUAUGACCAAGUGGAGGAGCUGGCAAUUGCCACCGAAUCACUAUGGUGUGCCGCCGGAGCCCUUUCUCCGCCUGAGGGGCACCAAGGGUACCGUGUUCGCCAAGCCGCACACAAACCACAGCCGAGUGUCCAUCAAGCCGCCACCUUACCACUUUUAUGAAAUUCCGCCGGAAACCGAUCGAUUGUUCAACCGGGAGAACCAACAGAAGGGCAAGUUCCUGUCGAAUGCUCGUGAUCAGCGGCCGACCACUCGUGCCAUGAUCUCCAGUCUCUCUGGAUGCUAUCGCGAUCCCAUGGAUCCCGGGCCCUGCGAAACCCACACUGACUUUUAUGAACUGAAUGCGAAUGCCACACCCAUAACGAAGACGGCCAGUCCCAAUCCACACCUGUUCGGUCGGAGGUCCUGCGUGCCCGCACAGAUCAAUCAGAAGAUUCGGCGUCACAUCAGCAUGGAGCCGGCACCGGGUCGUUACACCAUUAGCUACCCGAACGUGUGUCCGUGUCCGGCGGGUAAGACUAGCGUUCCGGCUCUGCAGCUGCAAAUCGACAAACAGAAGAGGCUCAAGUUCCGGCGGCUGCCAUUCGAACGGAUUAGCCGAAAGACUCUCUGCGAGCCGGACUGGCGCCACGUGCCUGGGCAAGGACACCGGCACAUCUUCAUUAUGGGCCAGCGGGACAAACCGAAGCCACCGAAAAAGCCAUCAGCGGCUGCCUCCAAGAAGCCCGGCAAGCUAAUCGAUAUGUUCGCAGACUCCAAGUACAUGAACAUGAUCAACCAGCCCUAUCGCCACAACAUCUCCAUUCGGGUUCUUCCGGUACCGUCGUACGUGCCCAAGAUCACCUACAACUGUGCCGCCAAGCGUGUGGUGCGCAAGCAGCUGAAGAACAACAAGAAGAUAGCUUUUAACAGUGGCCAGGAGCGCUGGAAAGAUGCCGAGCGACCGAUGCAGCUGACCAACCGGCAGCUGGAUGCCAUCAAGGCCAAGCUUCCGGCGGAGCGGCGACUUAUAGACCAUCCCAUUGAUAUACCCGAAGACCUGACCAGCCGUCUGACUCAUGUGCCCGACCACCAGAGGGUCACCUAUAUGCCAAAGCUGCGCAAGCGGCUAUUCAAAUUCCUACCCAUUCCCACUGCCCGGGUCCUGGUCACCGAUAGCGACAUACGCCCGAAUAUAGUGUUCGAUCCGGAGAAACCGACCGGACUCUACCGGCGCAAGAUCGAGGAGUCCAUGUUCUUUAAGGACUCUGUGCUGCAGGCAAUGGAGAACAAGGAGAACGAACUGGGCGGAGGCACGAGCGUCAACACGUCGGCUUCGCAGUCUCAAAUGACAUCGGCCCAGACCUCCCAGGUGGACGUUUCGUUACGAAAAACCGGAUCCACACAGUCGGUUCAAGCUUAAAAUUGCUUCGGCGCUCUGCUUCACGUUUGUGCCAUUUUAAAAUCCUUUUCGUUUUUGAUUUAUGCUCCACGCUCGACCGAAUCCACGUGGCCAAGCACCAAGCGCCAAGAAAAGCGCAGAGAUGGUCGAGGGAAAGCAGCUGGAAAUACCUUAAAUAAAGAUGUGAAAAAUUA